UGUUGUUAGCCGGCAUGAGACUUCAGAGUUGUGAAGCUUUGCAUAGCCCUGAAUAUACAUAGCAGUCCACUAGCGGGUUCAGUUUCCUGAUGAUAAUGGAAGCUAUGUGUUAACAGGGAGUUGAUGCUGUAAAACGUUUUGGCUUUGUUUGCUUUUCUUCCUUUAUACUACUUUUUUUUUUUUAAUCUAUCAUGAUUUUUGGAGUUUGGUAGUUGGGCAGCUUCUCUAAACAUGCCACUGUCUCACAUGGCCAGUCUGCUCUUUUUUUGUCUUAUUUUUGUUUUAUCCUUUGGAUAUGGUAACGCAAAGGAUUUGGGAUCCCUGUGUACCACAUGUAAACAAAUAACUGAUAAUUUCAACAAGGGGUUUGAAAAAACAGCCAAGAAAAAUUUUGGUGGUGGAAAUACAGCAUGGGAAGAAAGAAAACUGUCAAAGUAUGAGACCAGUGAGAUUCGGUUGGUGGAGAUUCUGGAGGGCUUGUGUGAGAGCAGUAGUUUCGAGUGUAACCACAUGGUAGAAGAAUAUGAGGAGCACUUUGAGACAUGGUGGUUCAAGAGGAAAACAAACCACCCGGAUCUACAUAAAUGGUUUUGUAUUGAAACAAUCAAAGUGUGCUGCCCUAAAGGAACAUUUGGACCAGAUUGUAACUCUUGUGUCGGAGGAUCUGACAGACCUUGCCAUGGAAACGGUCAAUGUGACGGUGACGGGACGAGAGGAGGAAGCGGUAAAUGCACGUGUGACCAUGGAUAUGAAGGGGAGUUUUGCCUGGACUGUGCUGAGAGAUAUUUUAAUGAGGAGAGGAACGACACCUUCUCCUUAUGUAAAGAGUGUCACUCAUCUUGCACGAGCUGCACUGGAGCCACUAAUAAGGACUGCAAGGAUUGCAGAGACGGCUGGGAACAAGAUGAGGAGGAAGCCUGCAUUGACAUUGACGAGUGCUCCAAAGACCCUCCUCCAUGCAAAGACAAGGAAUACUGCCUUAACACGGAUGGCUCAUAUUCCUGCAACGUGUGUGACAGCAGAUGUUCAGGCUGUAAAGGGCCAGGACCUGGGAACUGCCUGGCCUGUGCUGAAGGCUACAAGGACGAAGAGGGCACCUGUACAGACGUGGACGAGUGCGAGCUGCCUGACGCAGUGUGUACAGAGGAACACCAGGAGUGUGUCAACACUAAUGGCAGCUAUAAGUGUCAGUGUGCAGGAGGAUUUGAAGAGCAUGAUGGAGUGUGUGUUGAGCAAGCACAACCAGGGGACAGUCAGGAAGGACCUGUUGAGGAUACUGUGGACACACAAACUUUAACAGAACACCAAGACCUGUGAACUGUGUUUGGCGUUCUCAAGUCAGCCACUAGCAGGCAGUAAUGGCUCUGAAAAUAUUUUGACCACCACAUGGUAUUUACUGUACGUAUUUGACAAACUGCACUUGCGUACCGGGCAAACAUGGGUAACUCUUUAUUCCGGUGGAAAAUGGGACCGUGUCAAACCCAAGCACUGCUGCUCAAACAAGAAAAUGUUGUCUGGUUUUUAAAUAUUUUUUUUUUCCUUCCUUUGUGAAGUAAAAUAGUCGCACCACACUGUCUCCUCUUCAUUUUGUGUAGAAGUUUCUUUGUUAGAGUUAGUCAUUUUGGGUCCUGGUGGUCUGGAGUAAUUUGUAUGUGAGAAUGAGAAAUAAUACAAUACUGCAUUAAGAAAAAUGAAAUCUA